ACAAGACUAAACUUGAUAUGAUUUUUUUUAAAAAACUGGUACAUGAGUCAUUAAUAUUCAGCACAUUCAUUCAGCAUUUUUGUAUUAAGAUAUAUAAAGCCCAAAACACGGUUCAUCCCAUGCCCUCUGACUAUUCUGGCAACAUCAACAUAUUGUCGUCCCUGCUGUCUGUACGUACUUCAUCCCCUCUCUCCUGCUCUCUGCUGAUGUACAGACUUUCUGUUCAGAAAAGGAAAGCCUGUUUGUUACGCUGGAGAGUUUCAAAGAAAGGGAGACAACCCGUCCGCUGCCCGUCUCUCCCUGUGCUACAAUUCAGCCGACAAAACAACAGAUCCCUAUCUCCAUGGAGCGUCUGCUCGCCAUCACGCCCAGCACCGCCCACGCGAGUGCCACGUACAGUGUAGAUCAAUGGUAUUGUUGAUAUUCACUGUCAUUUUGGUAAAGUUAUGGAAAACUGUGUUGCUGGAAAGUGGUUGUGAUGUUGAUCAGCUGGUUUAGAAGAACACAUCCAAACAAUGAUAAUUUACAAUUUAAAUAUUAUUUAUAAGUUUAUAAUGAGUUUUUUGAUUAUAAAAUACUUGACGAAGAGUUUUGUGUUUGUGUUGCUAUGUGAGCAGUAACUUAGUGACUUAUCCAGGUGUGAAAUAUCCUAUUAUUGUUGUAAACAUGACAAAAAUAUUACAUUGAAUUCCAAUGAAAUUAGUCAAAAAAAGUUUUUCCAUCUAAAAAAGUUUACUGUCAAAAAACAUGAGUUUAACUGCUUCUUAAAUUUGACCGUCUACUUUAGAACUAAAUACAUGUUUUAUAUGGUAUAUUAGUUUUAUACAUUUUGCCUUCACUUUAGAUGGGAAGGAUGGAGUUUAAGAUAGUAUCUCUAAAAACAUGAUUAUUGAUAAUUCCUCUGUGCUAUUUAAACUGGGCAUGUUGGCUAAAUGAAAGGAGGAUGGGCUUAGCGAUAGGGUGUGUGUGUGUGUGUGUGUGUGUGUGUGUGUGUGUGUGUGUGUAUAAAGUGGGUGGGGGAUAAAAACCUUCAUCCUUUUAAACCUUUGUCCUGUUUGACUUCAUUAGACCUCAUGUACCCUCAUGAGCACUGAGGACAAUAAUCUGAAAACAGCAGCUAAAAGUAUUUCAGAUCUCUGUAUCAGACCAAAUGAUGGAGUUCUGGCCUGAGCAUCAGGGACAAUCACCUCUGUAUGCUAAAUUUGGAACUGUUCCUGGGAGAAAUUGUACACAUAACUAUCAUGACAGACAUCAGGCAACCCAUUCUCCAUUUUACUAUGGAGCGCAGCAGGAUCAAGGCAGGGAGUCUGGAUACUGGACUGUCCCAGGAUCAAGAACAGGAGGGGGUCUACAGGACUACACCAACUGGACGGACCCAGAGCUAUCUGCCCCAACUUCUUCCCACUUCCCUUUUAUUCUGGAUCGUCAUACCCGGCAGCACCAGGGCCCGGAAGAGUAUCAGCAACAUGAAGCCAGAAGCAGAGAGUGGACAGCAGCUCAACGAGCGGCGAGGGAAUACGAGGGGGGAUUUCUGAGGGAGGGAUGGCAGAGGAGGUGGGAGCCCUCUAAUCCUGUUCGCUACAACAGGGAAGUGUCCACUAAGAGGAGCGACAGCAGCUACCGUGAGCUAGAGGCCUGGGCAGCUCGGUAUAGCCAUUCACUUCCAAGAAGGAGACACAGAGAGGCAGAAUUGAGGGGCACUUCUCAUGUCAUGUUGGAGAGCAGCAGGGCUCCAGAGAGGAGGAGUGGGUCAGAUCCUCAGGUGGCAGUGCUGCAACAAGUCAGACAAUCUGCCGGCAUCAGAGAAUCCGGAGCGUGGGACAGAGGAGGCCGACAGCAAACUCCGACCUAUUAUCCACUACAAGCUCCUGCCCCUGACACAAGCCACGUGUUGGACAGUAAAGAGAAGGCAGGCUACCAAAGAAGGAUGUUUAGCCAACCUCCUGGAUAUAUUGCUCCUCCUCCCUAUAACAGCCCUCAUAAAAGCUCACCUGUAAUCCACCAUUGUGACCACGGCUAUGUGCAGGAAGGGAAGCAACAACACUACUGGUCACAGCCCACUCUCAGAAAGCAGGAUGCAUGUGUAGAUGUGCAGGAUAAGAGGAAGAUAGGGAGAGGGGACUUUAAAAAACCAGAUGUGAAUGAAAUCUGUGCAGAGCUGGAAGGACUUGAGCACAGAGGACCAGGACCAGAUGCUGUCCAGAGUACACACAUGCAACGUGAGUGUAUGCCAUCUCUGCAGCAGCCACAAUUGAUACAAGCAGUUCAGGACACAAAGACAAAUGAGCAAACAUCCUCAAAGGUCAUAGAAGGAAGAAAGUUCAGAUUAAAUAAAAAGACAGGCGGGUUGACCAUAUUCUGCCUGGUUUCCAGAAUUGCUAGCGCCACAGAAACCCCAUCCUUGCCACUUUGCACUUCCCAAGCAAACAUUCAAAGCACAGGAUUUGGAGAAGGUUUGAAAGAUCCAAGGGACAAUGGUGACAUUUAUCAAACACAAAAGCUUGCAGAUGAAGUAGACUUCAGAGUUCCAACACUCACAGAGCAGUCAAAUACUUCUGAUGGGAGAAAUGUCCAAGCCAAACAUAAGACGACAUCUACCUGCAUAGAAAGUGAGAUGUUUAGCGAUAAUCUAUCAAGGAAAAUUGAGACAGGAGAAAAUAUUAAUUUGAACGAUGCAAAUUCUACAUUUGGGAGACAGGUAACUCAGCCAGUGCACCCUGUGUCAGUUAAAUAUCCUCUGUGGAGGGAGCCAAGUUUCACAAGCAGGGCUGAAACUGAAAGUUCUUCGUCAGUUUUGAAAGCAAACAGUGAGGAAGUAGAAUCAGAUGAUUCAUACAACCUAGUAGAGUGUGCUCCAGUUCAUCCAAUCAAUGUCGAAGUUAGAAGACUAGACAUCAAGGAAGACACACAGUCUGAGGACAGUAAGGGUCUACUCGUCAUCGACACAACGUGUGUCGUUGUCAAAAUGGAGCUGAUUCCAUCACCGAAGAAAGAUCAUGUUCACUAUUUAGGCUCCACAAGACACGCUGAUGACGGUCCACUCGAUGGUCAGUCGAGCACCUCCACUGAGUCAAAUGCUGAGCUGAAUCAGGAUGUGCUUCCAAACCCCUUGCAGAUAAAUGACAGGGCUGAGAUUGAACUAGAGUCAGAUUCUGAGGAGAAAAAGGAACCUGAUGGAGGAGGUGACACCUCUUUACCCGGUAUGUCUUCAUCUUCCAUUUCUGAAAGGGAAACCUUGCAGGAGCGUGCUGAAAGGAUCCUAGGUAUCCCUCUACAUGACUGCAUCACUGAGGAACAACAAGAUGCAACAUCUCUCCUUGACUCGUGUGUUGAGAAGUGUGAUGAGGAGGUUGAACCUGCUCCAGUAACAAAUGACAUUCAUGAUGCAACUGAACAACUCCUACAGGACACAAAAGACGAGGAACGGUCCCAGAAUAACCUAGAAAUGGAUCAGAUUGAGGAUACUGUUCAUUUGAAAGAGAGUGAUGAAGAGGAGGAUCAGGUGCAAAAUGAAGAUGGGAAGCAUUUUGCAGGACUUCAGGAGCAGGUGUCUGAUAUGUCUGAUGAGCAGGACAUGGAGUCCCAACUUGAAACCUACUUAAAAACGGCACAGGAAGCUGAAAUGGCUGUGGACAUUCUGUUUGAACGACCUCAUGAAGACGGUACAACUGAGCAGAUUCAGGCAGAAAAUCAACCGGUUGAAAAUGACCCGUCUCAACAUCUCUCUGAGUGUUUCAGUCCAUGCAAAGAUCUUCCUAAUUCUUGUUUGCUUUCACACCCAAACCUUACUUCUCUCUCAUAUAUCUCACAGUCAUCCACAGAGGAAGCUCUCAAUCCUCAGUUGGCUGCAUUCGAUACCACUGAAAACCUUGUUCCUCAUCCUGAAACCUCAUCCCUUUCUGAUGCACCAUUGCAACAGCCAUCUCCUCUACCCCCUGCAUCUACCAAAUCCUCUCCAAGCCCCACUCCCCAUAAAUGUCAUUCCCCAAUUCCUCCUCCUCCUCUUGAUUUGCUAGAUCAAAUGCCUGGAACGAUGUCCGGAAUUGAGGAUCAGGAUGAGGAGGGUGACACAUCACAGAAAGUAAACGAUGAGAUGAGUGACCCUGAAGAUCUUAGGGACCAGCAACGACUUGAAUAUGAGCAACCACACAAUGCUCCUUGUGUAGAAGAGAGCAACAGCACUGAUGAGCAACAAGAAAAAGAAGCCGAUAGGGAAAUAACAGACACUUUGGAACAGUGUCUUGAAAUAUCCAGACAAAAUGCUACAGAGGUCAACAUUUUGCAGCAACAAUUUCUAUGUGUAGAAGCAGAAGAAUGUGUUUGUAUUACAGAAAGUCAUGUGACUGAAGAGCAACAACAAGAAAAAGCCAGUGAGGAUCCAGCAGACAUUUUGGAAAUGACAAUAUCGCAAGAAAACAUGACAGCCAGUCAAAGUCAAGAGGAAGUUGAAAUUUUCCCGCAACAAUUUGAUAGUGUUGGUCAAGAGGAUACUUCCUAUGGAACAGAGAGUUAUAUGACUGCAGAGCAACCACUAAAAGAUAACGGUGAAGAUACAGAUCUCUCAGUACAGACAUCGGAAAUACUCCAAGACAAUAUGACUGAGGGUGAAACUCAUGUAGAAGAAGAAAUUGUGCAGCAACAAUGUACGGACGUUUCUUGUGUGAUGAGUCCUAUGACUGAAGAGACAUUACAAACAGAUGUGGAUGAGGAACCAACAAUAUCCCAAGAAAAUGCUACAGACGAUCAGACUCAAGCAGAAAUUGAAAUGUUGCAGGAUGUUGAAGCUGGAACUGAACCUUCUGGCUUUACUUCCCCAUCCCCUUCAGACUGCAAGGGGUCUCAGUCACCUCUCGAUGUGCUCUCACCCUCAGAGCUUCCCCCUGCAACACAUGCAUCACACCAGUCAAACACAGAACCUGAGCCUCCUCUGGAAGUGGAGUCAGCUCUAAAUCCUGUUACUGCUGAUGUUGGCAUCCCUGUAACUGUUUCACCUCCUCUUCAGUUGGACUCGUGUGAGGAAUCCCUUCAGCUUCCAUCUUCCUCUAUCGAUGAAUCGUCCCGAAAUCAGGCUUCCCUCACUUUUACCCCCCCUCAAGAUGGAGGUGAAGAUGUUUCCUUUGACCAACCCCACAAAGCGCUCCAAUAUCCCAAGUCCCUUUGGGAUGCGGUAAAUCGCAUUCGGAAACAUACGGCCCCUGACUCUGAGAAUGAAGAGGAGGAAGUGAGCGAGCAUUGGGAUCCAGAGAGCACAGGGGGAGAUUUGAGUUGCCUAGAUAUGGUGUUUGACAUGAACUCUGGGACGAUCGUCUUUGAUAAUGUUUCAACAGGAAGUUUUGAGGAUGUAGAGCAGGACCCACGUCAUGAAGAGUCAAGCAUGCGUGCUGAAGAAGACACACUUUCCUGCAGCAGCAACAGCAGCCACAGCUCUGGAGAUACGAUUAUUGUAGCAGAAGAGGAUGAAAUUGAGGAAAUGCCCCCUGAUGCCGUGACAGAAAGCAAGACAGAGAGUGACACAGAGUUUCCCAUGGCUGAAGGAGAGCGAUGCUGCUCUAGUGAAGUAAAAGAUGAGACUGCAGAUGAUGACGAGGGAGAGAAAGAGCUCAUCAAGGGAGACAAAACAGAAUUGUGUCAGAGUGGAGAAUGCACUGCUGAGGUGGAGAAUAUAACAGUUAAAGCCAUGAAAGUAACACAAAUGGAGCAGAAAGAAGUAGAGGAGGAGGGUUUCCCCCCCUCAGAGGUCACACAGGCCGACACUGUACAGCUGUAGUGUAGCAAAGUGAGCUAGUAACACAAGCCAAGAAAAAAGGAAACUGGCUCGGUGUGUUUAGCAAGACUGUUCAAAAAAUUUAAAUAAAAAUAGAUAAAUAAAAAAGGCAUUUAUCUACUUUUUUAAUGAAAAGUAUUUUUUCAAUGUAAUGUCAUGGUUUUUAUAUAUUUGCUGAUCUGUGAUGCAUUCAACGUGAUAGAAAUGUAGGGAUUUGACAGAGUUGAAAUAUUCACAACCAUCUCUAUAAAAAUGUUCCUGAAUGCCAAGUUAUUUUGUUUUAAAAAAUCUAAAUAAGUGUUUAUGUGCCAUUGCUAAUGUUAUAUAAAUGCAGUCAUGAGAAUAUGAAAAUUAAUACUAUACAAUAUUGAAAUAUUUGCAGUGAUUU